AUGAAACACAAAUGGCGGUUGCGCCAUAAACUGCCCCAUAUUGACCUUAAGUAUGUUCUAGUGUACUUGCUACGCACACAUCCUGAAAUCCUUGUCGACCGCAAGAACAAUCCCGAUCCAUGGAACCGUGUUCAGCAGCAUCAGAACAUCAAGUUCAUCAAUGCCAAGCCAGACUUUUAUGCAGCACGCAAGAAUAUGGAACGUCCCUCACAUUACAGCUACCGCCCCCUAAGCUAG